GCUGCAAAGCCCGCGCUUUUACGGUGCAUGUUAUUGUUUGUUGAUUUUGGCUGAGCAAGCAUAAAAGUUACCUUCACUCUCAUUAGCGUAACCGUAGUUAGCCAGCCGCACAUGUUAACGCUCCCGUUUUCACCGUACACUCCGUUAACAGGCAGCGUAAACUAGUCAACACACUUAAUGUUUACAGUUGAGUGGAUUCAACAUGGACGAGCGGGACACUGCGGCGAUCCUACACGGAGAUGUCCUCAGUGACACAUUAGCGGACGAACCACAGCUCGACGUAAACAAAGAAGAGUCUGGUGUACCGACCACCGACGUCUUACGACCGCCUGUUACCUGCUCGCUGCCGGUGUCCGUGGAGCCGGUGUUGUUCCUGUCUAUGUUCUCCCUGACCCUGCAGGCACCUCUGGCGACCCAGUACCUGUGGGACCGCAUAAGCGAAGACCUCGGCUACAACGGCUCCAAGAGGUCGGAGUGCGGCAACAGCUCAGCGCCCCCCGACCCGCUUCAGAAGGAGGUGGAAACCUUGACAGCACACUGGAACCUGUACAUCAGUCUGGGGGGCUUUUCUGUUGGGCUCUUGGUUGUGCCUCUCUUGGGCUCGUGGAGUGACCUCGCUGGUCGCAGACGAGUCCUCAUCCUCCCUAACCUUGGCCUGGCCCUGCAGGCAAUCGUGUACCUUGUGGUGAUGUAUCUCAAGCUGCCCGUGGUCUACUUUCUAGUGGGACGGCUGCUUAGCGGCCUGUCGGGUGAUUUUAAUGCCGUCCUGGCAGGCUGCUUUGCCUAUGUGGCAGACAUCAGUGACAGGCGCUCUCGCACCUUCAGGGUGGCAAUCCUAGAGGCGUGUCUGGGCCUGUCAGGGAUGCUAGCCAGCAUCAUUGGAGGACAGUGGCGGCGGGCUCAAGGUUACAUCAACCCGUUCUGGCUCGUGCUGGCCACCAACUUGGUGUCAGCUCUGUAUGCCUUCCUCUUUGUCCGUGAGACUGUGGUGCCAGACCCGAGUGCUAAGCUCCUCACUACUCGACACCAUAAAGCUGUCUGGCACCUCUACUCAUCAGGUGGCAGCAGCAGUGAGGCUGGAGGACGAUUUCACAGAUGCAAGCUGUGGCUUUACACGCUCUGCUUCUUUCUGGUGGUGACUGUUCACUUCGGCUCCAGAGAACUGUACGUGUUGUACGAGCUGAGCUCGCCUCUGUGCUGGGGGCCAGACCUCAUUGGCUACGGAUCAGCAGCUCAGCACCUGGGCUACCUGAGCAGUCUGGCGGGGCUAAAGAUCAUGCAGCGCUGCAUGGAGGACUCCUGGGUGGCUCUUGUGGGUCUUGCCUCCAACAUUGUUGGUCUGGUGGUCUUUUCUGUGGCUAACAGCACUCAGCUCAUGUUUACAGGUUAUGGUCUGUGUUUGUUCUUCAUGACAUCGACACCUGUGCUGAGGUCCAAGCUGUCCAAGUUGGUGGACCCGUCAGAGCAAGGUGCCCUGUUUGCAUCUGUUGCCUGUGUGGAGAGCUUGUGUUAUCUGGCGGGCAGCAGCGUCUUCAACUCCCUCUACCCAGCAACCCUGCACUUCAUGAAGGGAUUCCCUUUCCUCUUUGCUGCCAUCAUCCUCUUCAUCCCAGCUGGAAUAAUAGGGACUCUGCAGUGUUUGGAACAAAGGAGAGACCAGAGAGAUGCCACAGUGUCCUGACCUGCAGAGAGGUGGAGGGCAGGAUCACAAAAGAGAGUGCAGGUUCAUCCUGGUGUUAGUCUGAAAGGUGAGCAGAGGCAUCCGUCGUGUCUGCAGUUUUAUUCGCUCACCCAGGGAUGGGAUUUUUCCAUCUUGUUACACCAGAAAGAAUAACUAAGCGAUGAAGAAACUACAUCCUGACUGACAGUUCUGCCAAACCCAAAAAUGUGUCUUUAUAAUAAAAAUUUAAUGUAAUUUUUUAAUAUCAUAAGCUAUUUUAGAGCACCAGAGAUCAUGACACUGCUGUGUCGUCACAGAUUCUAUGUAACUCGUCAACAAAAACAAAGAAGUUAUUUUGUAAAUUGCUGCUAUCUGAUUUUGUCCAAGUGCUCACUAACGCAAAUAUCUGAUCAGCUGAUCACAUGGCGGUACCUCAUGCAUAAGUGGAACCUUGAAGCGGAUGUGCUACAGCAGCAGAAGACCACACACACCGGGUGCCACUCCUGUUAGCUAAAACCAAUGAAUGUGUGUAAUUGUUGUAUAUCUGCAAGUGUCACUGAUUUAAACCAUAUGUAGAAUCAAUCAGUAAUGAUGUUUUGCAUUGUAUGAAGGUUAAUCAUUUUUAUCUAAAUGACUGCUUCUGCAUUACACGCUGAUCUGUGAAGUAAUGCAGAAGCCGUGCACACAGUGUUACGUCCUAGUUGCACAAUGAAGGAACAGGAGCUGCCAAAUCAGCUUUAAAUGCACAAAGGGAAGUUACUUGUCUGAGUGAAGUUUCCACUGACCUACCAUUAACUGAUCAGUCAGAUUCGUUUGAUCAUGUGACCAAAGCUUAGAAAACAUACAGUGUGCUACAACUGUCUGAGAAACCUGUCUGUUCUUCUAUAAUUUCCAAUAUUUAGCAAUCUGAAUAAAUUUUAGAGUACAUUUUUUUAAUUGAUGAAAUAAGUAAUGUUUGUGUUUUAACUUUUAACAUUUUGUACGUUUUUCUAUCAUUAUGCUUUUAAAAAGGCGAUUAAAUUAUGGUUUCACACUUCCACUUCUGUUAACAGAGUGAUCUGUUAUAAUAUAAAGUGUGAUAAUUUAAUGAUUUCGAACCCAAAAACCUUGUUAAUCGAGUUACACGAUUUUAUUUAAUAAACUUGAUUAACACA